ACGCUUCUCCUUGACAAACUCACUUGGCACCGGCUUGCAAAGUCGUUUUCCCAAAGGAUUAAACAUCCGGGAAGACAAUUUUGCAUCACAUCUUUCAAAUCAACCCAGUGUCAGGCUCAAGUGGCUUUGGACCAAUCUUAGCAAAAUGUGGAAGCGUUCAAAGGGCUCAGGACGCAAAGUCUGUUUCUCCCUCGUUCACCAGUAUAUUCAACAUUUCAACGAGAAAGCCGGCAGCAAAUCAGCUGCAAUCCGGAGAAGAUCUAAAAUUCCCGGGGUGGUCAUCACACAGAAUAUAGUGAGCAUACCAGAGGGGAAAAGUGUCCCAGAUUUCAAAUGUAAACUAAACCCAGUCAAUGUCCAAGAAGGGAAAUCGGCUGUUUUCAAGGCUUUGGUGAUAGGAGAGCCCAAACCUGAAGUGACAUGGAAGAGAGUAAGAGGCAGCAUUUUAGACAAGGAGAAAUAUCAGAUGAAAUACGAUGACUCAACAGGGGAGUACUUAUUGGAGAUUCGUGCAGUAACGUGUGCAGAUGCAGACACAUACAAAUGCAUUGCAGUGAAUGAAUACGGAAAAGCUAUUUGCUCUGUAGCACUAAAUUUGACAGACGUAGUAACCGAUCCAUCAGAUUUCAGAAAAUUGCUGAGAAAGACAAACACAAAUAUUUUCGAGGAAAACCAGACAGAGAAAGUCAAAGAAAGAAACGAGAGAUACCGGGACACGUUACAGAGGGACUAUGAGACACUAGGGACAAAAGACAUGCAUUUGAUGCACAUGAAAACGGAGGAGAAGAGGCAGCAAAUGUUGAAAUAUCAGCAUGGAACGAGUCCUCCUGAUGAAGAUUUGGUGAGGAAAAACGGACUAAUAGGUGGCAGAUGUGCAAAGGAUGCUGAAAACUUCACACUUCCCCAGCUAGACUUUGCAGUCAAACUCCAAGAGGCAAUAACAGAAGAAAAAGACACUGCGCUGUUUGAAUGCGUCCUGACCCAACCGUUGCCUAAAAUCACCUGGAUGAGCAAAGGCACUGUGCUGGAAGACAGUGAAAAAUAUCAAAUCAGUGUGUCGGAGCACCAAAUGAUCCACAGGUUGCUGAUCACAGACUGCUCGGACCAAGACAAAGGUGUCUAUUCAGCUGUGGCUGGAAGUGCCUCAAGCAAUGCAGCAUUAGAUGUAGAAGCUGACCUUGAAGCAGCUGGCAAGAAGAAAACCGGAGGAGCGGGCAUAGACCUCGAGGAAGUGGUCAAACAGCAGCAAAUCAAAAACCAAGAAGAAAUGGAGAAGAUUUUGGAAGCCAUCAAAGCAAAACAUGACACAGGGGAGUUGACAGAGCAGAAGACAUUAUCGACUUCAAGAAAAGAGGGACAAAUCAUUUCCCUGACUGAACCCGUCAAAUACAGUGGGAGUGACAUGCAUGAUUCAAACAAUAAUUGCAACAAAGCAAUGCUCAAUGGCCUCUCGCCAUCUCCGCAGCAGAUGAUAGAUGAUGGCUUUGGAAGAGAUAAACCGGAGGAGACCAAGGAUGGUGAUGGAAGAAACAAGCUGGAAGAAGAAAUGGAGCAUGCAGUACAAGAUGGCUUUGGAAGAGAUAAAUCAGUGGAGACCAAGGAUGGUGAUGGAAGAAACAAGCUGGAAGAAGAAACGGAGAAUACAGUACAAGAGUCCAGGGACACGUGUGAUGAGGAGUUAAAUGAAAGCAAUACGAAGCUCACACCGAAGAAGAAAAAAUAUGAAAGCUUUUUUAAUGAAGACAGCGAGGCUGAAGAAUUGAUUGGCCUUGCCACACAACCGAGGCGUAAAAGAAUUGGCCCACUGAUAGAAGAUGCAGUCAUUGAUCCAGGGGUUCAGUUCAUCUGGGGAUUGUCGGACAUCAACGCCAUCAUCUGUGAAAAUGCAGAGCUAACUUGUAAACUCAGCAAGGAAGACUGCGAGGGAGUCUGGUUCCGGGAUGGUGAAAAGAUCAUCACUGGUGACACUUUUAUAAUAUCUAAAGAGGGUGCAAUUCAUAAGUUGCUGAUAAUGAACUGCCAGGAGGAGCACUCUGGGAAAUACCGUUUUGAGGCUGACAAUCGCAAGACAGAGGCGGUGGUCAACGUCAAAGAUCCACCGAGAUUUGAGCCAGAAGACCUCAAUGCAUUCACAGAGCCCUUAAGAAUUAAAGUAGGGCACAAUGCAGUCUUUAAACUCAAUUUUCUUGGCUUCGAGCCCAUUAAGAUCAAGUGGUACAGAGAAGGAGAGGAGCUCCAUGAUGAUGCCAGCAGCACCAGGAUAGAUAAAUCGGCCAGUCACAGCCGCCUGCUGCUGAGCAGGUGCCAGAGGAGGGACUCAGGAGAGAUCAAGAUCAGGCUCAAAAAUGAGCAUGGCACCGCUGAGGCGAUAACACAGCUCAUUGUGCUUGACAAACCCACUACCCCAUUGGGUCCCGCAGAGAUAACACUUAGUUCAGCUACGUGCAUUGAAUUUAAGUGGAGGCCUCCAAAGGAUGACGGCGGCUCGCCUGUGAUGAAUUACAUCAUGGAACGACAACAGAUUGGCAGAAACACUUGGAAGAAACUAGGGGAGAUUCCGGGUGUGCCGUUCUACCGCGACACAGAUGUGGACCGUGGACGCAAAUAUUGUUACAGAAUCCGAGCUUUGACCUCAGAGGGUGUGAGCGAAGUGAUGGAGACUGAAGACCUGCAAGCUGGCAUCCUAGCGUUCCCCAGUGCACCUGCACCUCCAAAAGUGGUCAGUGCUUUUGACGACUGCAUCAACCUUUCUUGGACUGCACCAAGUAACACGGGAGGCUCACAAAUUAUUGGCUACAUGGUGGAAAAACGCAAAAAAGGAAGCAAUCUCUGGACUGGGGUCAAUGCUUCAAUGGAGCCAAUAAAAGAGAAGAAAUGUGCAGUGAAAGAUGUUGUGGCAGGUAUGGAAUAUGAAUUCAGAGUUUUGGCUGUGAACCUUUCGGGACCUGGGGAAUUUAGCAACCCUUGUGACUUUGUCUUUGCUCGGGAUCCCAAAAAGCCCCCUGGGAAAGUUAUUGGUUUAAAAGUGACAGAAACUUCUUACAACCACUUUGUCUUGAGCUGGACAAAACCGAAAGACAAACCUGACAUAGAGGAUGAAGCGAAGGGAUAUUUUGUGGAGAUAAGGAAUGCGCAGUGCCUAGAAUGGUCACGAAGCUUCACCAUCACCACCACCUACACUGUAAAAGGCCUGAGGGCAAUGGAUAUGUACUGGGUCAGAGUCAUUGCAACCAAUGAUGGAGGAGAAGGCCAAACUGAGGAGCUGUCCAAUUAUGUCCUUGCCAUGCCGCCCCUUGUGAGACCAAAGUUCACAACUAAAAAGAUGAAAACAUUUGUGGUGGUGAGGGCAGGAAACACCGUCAGGGUGACCAUAAACUUUGAGGCUUCCCCACCACCAGACAUCAUGUGGCUCAAGGACAAUGGGCCUGUGUCAAAGCGAGUCACAGUGAGUAACUCAGAUGGAGCUUCACAGAUGUUGAUCCCUUCGUCAGAACGCUCUGAUUCUGGCAUCUACUCCAUUUUGGUGAGAAAUUUGGCAGGACAGGAGACUUUCAGUACAGAAGUCAGGGUCACAGAUGAUCCUAAGCCUCCUGGACCAGUAGAAAUAGAGGAAAAUGUGCCAGGAACAGUGCAAGUGACUUGGCAACCUUCUCCUGAUGAGAAGCUUGAUGACCGAUUGCAUUACACAAUUUCCAAACUGGACUCGACCAAACACACGUGGAUCACAGUGGCCGACAGACUCUUCAAUAACAAGUUCACUGUUUGUAAUAUCAUGCCCGGGAGGGAAUACCAUUUUCGGGUCUAUGCCAAGAAUGACAUGGGUGUGUCCACACCUUCUGAGUCACCCACCUGGGCGGUGGGGAGAAAGAAAGAAAAGCUUUCACUGACAUUACCGAACCGCGAAGAACGUGACCUGCGAUGUGCUCCGGAUUUCAUCGUACCACUGAAGCUGCAUGCAGCACCAAAAGGCUACGAAUGCUACAUGAGCUGCGCUGUUACAGGGAACCCCAAACCUCGAAUCACGUGGUAUCGAGAUCACGUCAACCUGAACACAAACACCAACUAUUACAUCUCCAACACCUGUGGAGUUUGCUCCAUGUUGAUCCUCAGCGUUGGCUCUAAAGAUGUGGGCAAGUACACUGUCACAGCAGAGAACGCCUUGGGCCGAUCCGAAUGUUCCACCAUGCUCAGUGUCAGAGAAUGAAGAAUCUGACAGCAACCAGGGUUGUGUUUCUUUUUUUUUCCCCUUUUCUUUUUUUUUUUUUAGGUCGCUCAGAUGCUUUUGUUGUUGUGCUGCUUGGAUUUUGUCCAUCAGUUGCAUGACAUAAUCUGUUGGUUUGUUACAAAAACUGAAAUAAAUGUUUUCUUUGUCGAGAUUUU